CCCUUGAGCCACUCACAGUUCAUUUCAAGGCCAAGAACGCCCCCAAAAUCUGUUUCUAAUUUUACAGAAAUCUUUUGAAAUUUGGCACGGUAUUGAAAAGUCCGUGGAAAGAAAAAAAACCUUGUCCUAGCUUCGGCUUCCAACUCUGAAGACAAACUUGCUUCCUUUCAACGGUUUUCAGAGAUCCAGUGACCUACGCUCUGAAGUCAGAGUUAGCUAACUUUCAAAAACAUCUGGAAAAAUGAAGAUAUGGUUAAAAAUUGCAUUUGGAAUUGCCACCUCUGCUGUGCUGGCUUUAUUGGUGAUGUGCAUUGUCUUACGUCCUUCAAGAGAUCAUAACUCUGAAGAAAAUACAACAAGAGCACUCACACUGAAAGAUUUUUUAAAUGGCACGUUUUCUUAUAAAACAUUUUUUCCAAGCUGGAUUUCAGGACAAGAAUAUCUCCAUCAAUCUACAGAUAAUAACAUAGUGUUUUAUAAUAUUGAAACAGGAGAAUCAUAUACCAUUUUGAGUAAUGCCACCAUGAAAAGUGUCAAUGCUUCAAAUUAUGGCUUAUCACCUGAUCGGCAAUUUGCAUUUCUAGAGAGUGAUUAUUCAAAGCUUUGGAGAUACUCUUACACAGCAACAUAUCACAUCUACGACCUUAGGAAUGGAGGUUUUAUAAGAAGAAAUGAGCUUCCUCGUCCAAUUCAGUAUAUUUGCUGGUCUCCUGUUGGAAGUAAAUUAGCAUAUGUGUAUCAAAACAAUAUCUAUUUGAAAGAAAGACCAGAAGACCCACCUUUUCAAAUAACAUAUAAUGGAAAAGAAAAUAAAAUAUUUAAUGGGAUCCCAGACUGGGUUUAUGAAGAGGAAAUGCUUGCUACAAAAUAUGCUCUUUGGUGGUCUCCUAAUGGAAAAUUUUUGGCAUAUGCAGAGUUUAAUGAUACAGAUAUACCAGUUAUUGCCUACUCCUAUUAUGGUGAUGAACAAUAUCCUAGAACAAUAAAUAUUCCAUACCCAAAGGCUGGAGCUAAGAAUCCUGUUGUUCGAAUAUUUAUUAUUGAUACCACUUACCCCGAAUACGCAGGUCCCACAGAAGUGCCAGUUCCAGCAAUGAUAGCCGCAAGUGAUUAUUAUUUCACUUGGCUCACAUGGGUUACUGAUGACCGAAUAUGCCUGCAGUGGCUAAAAAGAAUUCAGAAUGUUUCAGUCUUAUCUAUAUGUGAUUUCAGGGAAGACUGGCAGACAUGGGAUUGUCCUAAGACCCAGGAGCAUGUAGAAGAAAGCAGAACUGGAUGGGCUGGUGGAUUCUUUGUUUCAGCACCAGUUUUCAGCUAUGAUGCCACUUCAUACUACAAAAUAUUUAGCGACAAAGAUGGCUACAAACAUAUUCACUAUAUCAAAGACAAUGUGGAAAACGCUAUUCAAAUUACAAGUGGCAAGUGGGAGGCCAUAAAUAUAUUCAGAGUAACACGGGACUCACUGUUUUAUUCCAGCAAUGAAUUUGAAGGUUACCCUGGAAGAAGAAAUAUCUACAGAAUUAGCAUUGGAAGCCAUCCUCCAAGCAAGAAGUGUAUUACUUGCCAUCUAAGGCAAGAAAGGUGCCAAUAUUACACAGCAAGUUUCAGUGAUUACUCCAAGUACUAUGCACUUGUCUGCUAUGGCCCAGGUCUCCCCAUUUCUACUCUUCAUGAUGGCCGCACUGACCAAGAAAUUAAAAUCUUGGAAGAAAACAAGGAAUUGGAAAAUGCUUUGAGAAAUAUCCAGCUGCCUAAAGAGGAAAUAAAGAAACUUGAAGUCAAUGAAAUUACUUUAUGGUACAAGAUGAUUCUUCCUCCUCAGUUUGACAGUUCAAAGAAGUACCCCUUGCUAAUUCAAGUGUAUGGUGGUCCCUGCAGUCAGAGUGUAAGGUCUGUAUUUGCUAUUAGUUGGAUAUCUUAUCUCGCAAGUAAGGAAGGGAUAGUCAUUGCCUUGGUGGAUGGUCGAGGAACAGCUUUCCAAGGUGACAAACACCUAUACGCAGUAUAUCGAAAGCUGGGUGUUUAUGAAGUUGAGGACCAGAUCACAGCUGUCAGAAAAUUCAUAGAAAUGGGUUUCAUUGAUGAAAAAAGAAUAGCCAUAUGGGGCUGGUCUUAUGGUGUUACGUUCAUCACUGGCCCUUGCGUCCGGAACAGGUCUUUCAAAUGUGGGAUAGCAGUAGCUCCAGUCUCCAGCUGGGAUAUUAUGCGUCAAUCUACACAGAGCGAUUCAUGGGUCUCCCAACAAAGGAUGAUAAUCUUGAGCACUAUAAAAAUUCAACUGUGAUGGCAAGAGCAGAAUAUUUCAGAAAUGUAGACUAUCUUCUCAUCCACGGAACAGCAGAUGAUAAUGUGCACUUUCAAAACUCAGCACAGAUUGCUAAAGCUCUGGUUAAUGCACAAGUGGAUUUCCAGGCAAUG